AUGGGUUCAUCAGCAGCAUGUUGGGUCAUCAAAUUGAUGAUCUGUUUUGUGUUCUUAUGCACAUUUGUUCGAAUCAGCAGUACUUCACCAGUAUAUGCUGAUGAUGAUGAAGAUCAAGCAUCGGUCGAUAAUACAUUUCUCAAUAAUUAUGCUGUUGCAUCUGGACGAUUUCAUAUUCCCGAAAAUUUAAAUAAUUAUCAUCAUCAUCAACAACAUAAAUUCUAUCAAAAUAAACAAGAUAAUCCUGACAAUGUACAAUUGUCGAAACGUAUUAUUAUGUUACCACGUGUUGGUCGUCGUUCAAUUCGGUCGACAUUGAAUGAAUAA